CGAAAACCUGACCGAGAGAUUUCGCGAAACUAAGUUUCUGGAAAUGUUCCUGAGCAUCCCCUGACAUGAUUCCAAUGCAAAAAAGUCAAAAAUUUAGUGGACCAGAAAAGGGUCUUAUCCGCCCUACUCCUUUAUUUUUAUAAGAAAAGAUGCUUGUUAAUCUGAUUCCUCGGUGAAAAUCUGAGCUCAUUAAAUCCUUUGAUUCACGAGUUAUUCAAAAAAUAUUAGAAAAUCCUCUCGUUUUUGAAAUCGAUAGCGGUUAUUAAUGAACAGUGUAAGAUUUAAUCGUCAUCGUUUACUUUUAGCUUUCAAGAACAAGUGAAUAUGUUUGCGCUCGAUAUACUUUCCAAGUACGGAUUUGAAUUUUUACCAAACUAUAAAUUAAAUGAACUUUAUCCCGAUGUCAUAAAUACACGAUUUGUUCCAUUAAAAACGUGGCUUACUACCAAAAAUAUAACGUACGAUACGAUACCAGAGUUUAUGAGCAGUACACGUUUAAUGUCACUGUUAAUUUCUAACGGUAAACCAUUAGCUGUUUUUGGUGAAAAUGGUUUUGGAAAGAGUACAAUGAUUAAACGUUUAUUAUCGACAAAAAUUCAUCAUAUUCGUUUGGUUUCGAACGGAAAACCAUCAUUAUUAUGCAAAGAAUUUAAAGAUAAUAUUCCAAUAAUUAUGCAUGAAACACAAGCAAAACAUUUAUCAUGGAAACAAAAGUAUGUCAUUUGGAUUGAUGAUGUCAAUCUACAAACACCAACUAAAGAGGAUGGUUUUACAACUGAAUUUUUUCGUUCAUUAUUGGAUGACUACGAUGAUCAUACAAGUGAUGCACUGUUAACAACGAGAGAUUUUCUUCAUUUAAAAAAAGAUUGGAAUUUUGUAUUUUCUGGAGUGCCACAAUGCGAUUCACAAAUGUACAGUUAUAUCCAUCAUCGAUUUUCUCGUCAUAUUGUUACAAUAUUAAUUCAUGAACAUCUAUCUUUAUUGAUCGAAACAAUAUUUUCAUUGAACAUAAAAAAUUGGUUAGAAGAAUUUCCAGCUGAAUCUAUUAAUCAUCCAAUUGAAUUAGCACAAGCAUGUCUACUGAGUUUAGAAGAAAUUUUUGAUUCUGUUCGAAAACGAUUGCAUUAUUCACCUAAUUACACAUUAGGUAUAUUUAAUUUACAUCAUGUAUCAUCGAUUGUUGAAGGCAUGAUGCUUAUGAAUGGAAAAGAAAAACGUAUAGGAAAAACAAAAUUAAAAUUAAAGAAAAAACAAGAGAAUGUCCCUACAGUAAUACGACUUCUUUGUCAUGAACUAUCGCGUAUGGUAUUAGAUCGUAUUCCGUAUAAAGAUGAUCGAAUAUGGUUUCAAGAAUUGGUUUAUCGAACAAUUGUUACCAAUUUUUGUACAGAAUUAGAGUUUCAUAUUGUGGCAGCCAAUGAUACAAGUGUACCAGAAAAUCAAUCAUCAACAGUCCAAGAAACGAGUUCAUCACAGGAGCUUACAAGAACUCCAUCAACUGAGUUAGUAAAUCCAACAGAAGUUCGUCCAUUGAAAAAACAAGUGAAAUUUAAACUGGGUUUAGUCAGUGAUCGUUCGGGCACAUUAAACGGUCCAUUAAUCUCAUUUGCAAAGUUAUUGGCCAUACCAAAAGGAAAAGGUUUAAUUACCGAUCCGUCUAAAAUACAAAAUAUUAGUGAAUAUGCUGAUAGAUUAUGUUCAAAUUAUUUUUGUAAACAAAUCUUGUAUAUGCAUGGUGAAUACACUGGUUCAGAUCAAUAUAAUAACAAUUAUUGUGAAUCAAAUUAUUCUGAAUUAGUUCAAGCAUUUCAUUCGUGUCAUAAAAUGUUUACAAAAUCAACAAAAUAUUCAAUUGAUCUUGCGUUUAUCGACAAAACGGUUCGACAUUUAGUUAAUAUUGUUCGAAUUUUGUCAUUAAAUCAAGGUCAUGCAUUAUUACAUGCUGAAACAUAUGGAAUGGGACGACAAGAUCUAGUACAAAUGGCCGCUUUUAUAUCACGAACACAGUUUUUCGAUGGUCAUAUGUCGAAUACAACGUUUUCAAAUGAUGAAAAUGAAAAUGUUCGUCUAUGUUUACGUCAAUGUUGUUUAUUAGCUGGUUUAAAACAAAAAAAUUGUGUCAUUGUUAUUCGUGAACAUCUGUUAAAUGACGAAAUGUUACAUAAUAUUGUUGUAUUUCUUCGAGAAGGAAUUUAUUCUGAUUUAUAUUCCAGUGAUGAAUUAUGUCGUAUAGCUGCUGCUCUCUCACCUGGUCUUCCAUCGAGUCGUCGUGUAACUAAAACAAAUUCAGUAUUAAAAUCAUUUUAUGCUCGAAUUAAAAAACGUCUUCAUAUUAUCAUUUUUGAAGAUUAUCAAUCGGGUCGUAUGAUGUUUCAUCAACGUUAUCCAUUAUCACUUUCGUCUUGUUAUGUUGAUCAAUAUGAAACAUGGACAAAAGAGUCGUUAAUAUUAAUAGCAAAACAUUGGCUAGAAAAAGAUAAUGAAAAUUUUGAACAUACUUUAUCGCUACAAAGUUUUAAAUCAACAACAUAUUCUUUAGCAAUAAUCAAUCUUCUCGCCAGUGCAUUAGCUGAGAUACAUCUCAUUUCAUUAAAAGAAAUACAUCGUUGUGAUAAUAAUAUAACAAUUGAAUCAUAUAAACAUCCUGUAAGAAUAAAAAAUACACAGACAAAAUAUUUUACAUUAAAAAUGAUAAAACGAACAAUUGAUUAUUUGUAUAAAUUUGAUAAAAAUAUCAGCGAGGGAGAAACGGAUCGUUCAAAUCAGUACGAAAUGAUUUUGGCUCGUACAAAUAAAACUGAAAAUAUGAUUGAAUAUAACAAAGAAUUGUGUAAAAAAUUACAACUGGAAAUUGAUGAUAUUAGUAAAAAAUUAGCAAAAAUUGAGGCCGAAUUAGCAGAAAAGAAAAAAGCAUUUACAACAGCCCUGGAAGAUUGCCGUGAAGAAGAACGGUUGCUUGAAGAAAUGGCCACUGCAUUAGAAAAAUUAAAGAAAGAUAUGCAAGAAGAUUUUAGUAAAGCAAAUCCUCAAUAUGAAGCAGCAUUGAGUGCUGUUCAAGCGUUGAAAAAAGCUGAUUACGAUGAAAUUCGAACGUUUCGUCAACCACCACAACCAGUCUUAGCUGUUAUGAAUACAAUAUGCAUCAUGUUUGGCAAAAAACCCGAAUGGAAUGAAGCAAAAGUAUUAACAGUGAAAGAAAAUUUUUUCGAUGAUUUAAUCUAUUAUGAUAAAGAAAAUAUAACGGAUGAAGUUUAUUCAAUGUUAGCACAAAUUGUUCAAUUUGAUACAUUUCGUCCAUCAUUUGUUGCAUGUUCAUCGAAAGCAGCUGCCUCUAUUUGUGCUUGGAUCAUUGCAGUCUUUGAAUAUUCAACAAUUGCUCGAUCAAUUAAAUCAAAAGUACAACAAGUAAAAGCCUAUGAAGAUUUAUAUAAAAAACGACAACAAAUAAUGGGUGAAAAACGUUUGAAAGCAGAAACAAUUAAAAAAGAAUUGGAAAUAUUAAUACGUGAACGAAAUCAAGAAAGAGAUGAAAUGAAUAAAAAAUUAAAACGAUUACAAUUUUUUCAACAAAAUAUUGAAAAAACAUCAUCAAUGUUAAAUUUAAUUGGUGAUGAUGUUGAAUAUUGGAUAAAACAAUUAGAAAAAUCUCAACAAUAUAAAUUAUCAGUUGUGGGUGAUUCACUUUUGGUUGCUUCAUGUCUUUGUUAUUUGUCAACAAUUAGUGCUGAUCGACGAAAUUAUGUUCUAGAAAAAUGGCUAUCACUUAAUUGUUUUAAAACUAUAAACACAUCAACGCUCAAUGAUGGAAGAUCAAAAGGUUUGAGUAACGAAAAUUAUUUACCAAUACGAGCGAAUUUCAAUUUUGUUGAUGUAAUAAUGAAUGAAAAAGAUCGUAAUGACUAUUAUAUUCAAAUAAUUCAAAAUACAAAUUAUACAAUGGAUAUUAAUUCUGUUAUAAAUGCUAUUACAAUUGAUUUACGACAUAAUAAUAAUUUUGUUUUAAUUUUACAUAAUCCUGAACAUGAUCUAAUUCUAUGGAUAUCUGAAUUAGAAAAAGAUUUUGAAUCAAAUAUUGAAGAAGCUCAAGAAGAUUUUCUCGCAUUUCAACGUUAUCAACAACAAAAUCCUCUUGUACAAUCGUCUGGCCAAUUAGAUUCGGCAUAUCGUGCUGAAUCACAACAACGAGAUAAUCUAUUUUCACGAAUUAGUUCAAGUAAAACAUAUAUUACAGAAGUAACAGAAAAAUCAAGUAUUUGGGAAUCAUCUACCGUUGCAUCACGAGCACCAACAUCAAUGUUAUUAACAAAAUCGGCUGCUACUGUAGCUUUGUCCGAUCUUCAAGGUAAAAACAUUGUAUCAUUACCACAAUUAGAUUAUGAUUAUACAAGACCGGAGAAAAAUGUAUUAAUACUCAUGGCAAAUGAUAAUGAAUUAGAAAAGAAAUUAAUCAAUGCUAUGUAUUAUGGUGUAGUCGUUGUUGUUGAUCAUUGUGAUGUUUUAAAUAGGACAUCAUUUCUUCAAAAAUUUCUUCAUUGGUCUAUGACAAAGGACAUUGAACAUAUGACCCAUCCGAUUAUAUUUCGUUAUUCUGAACAAGAUAAUAUAUUUAUUAAUUCACAAUUUAGAUUAUUAUUGAAUUUUCGAAGAGUACCAGUCACUAAUCAAAUGUGGAAUGAUAUUGUCAAAAAUCGUUUUAUUGAUCUACGUUUAAGUUGUAAACAGAUAGAAGAUAUUGUAUGGUUAAAUAUUGUCGAAACAAAAUCACAUAAUUUUUUACAUCAUAUUCGAAAUAAUCAACGAUUAAAAUUAUUGGCACAAAAUGAUUUAACUCUAAGAAGAACAAAAUUGGUCUCCUAUCUUCGAUUGGAUGAUGAAUCAACAGUAAAUGGUCUCAUUGAAUCGGAAGAAUUACUUUUAAUAUUGAAAAAAUUCGAUCAUGAACGUCAAUUAUUGGUAAAUACGUACGAUGAACAUCAAUCACAAGAAGAUCUUCUUCUUCAACGUGGUCAAUGUUAUCGUUCAACAGCAAAAUCCUUAACAAUUAUGUACGAUAUAAUGAGAGAAGAUAAUAAUGUAUGUUUUCAUGUUGAAGCAAAUAUUUUUGACUGGUUUAUUCAUAUUGUAAUUAGUGGACUAUCAAAACGAAUGGAAAAUAAUGAUCCAUCAAAUAAGGUACAAGCACGAGAAAUUUAUCUAAGAUGUUUUGAAAAAUUGUACAAUUAUCUUUCGUCAAUGAUGACUGAAAAUGAUUUAAUAUUAUUUUUAACUAUUUUUACAUUAAAAGAAAUGUUAAUUAUUAAAGAUGAUAAUAAUAAUCAUCAAAUUAUUACCGAACAUGAUUUAAAAAUAUUAAAAACUUUACUAUUAAAACAAAAUCCACAUAAUCGUAAAAUAAUUCCACAUUUUCUCUAUGAUACAUCAAAACCAUCUUAUUUAACUGAUUAUACUUGGCAAUGUGCACAAUAUUUACAAGAAAAUCAUUCAUCCAUAUUUGAAAAUUUAUGUCUAGAAUUAGUUGAAAAUAAAACGGAUUGGUUAGAAUAUUUAAAUGAUCAAAAAAUUGAUUUACUUAAUAAAUGUCCAUUUAAAAAACAAAAUUUAUCAAUAAUACAUCGAAUAAUAUUAUGGUUAACACUUUGUCCACAAAAGACAAAUGAUUUAUUUCAAACAUUUUUAACUUAUCGUUAUGGUGGAAUAAUUUGUUCAAAAUCGGCUUCAUCCAUUACUGAUACCUAUUAUUUAUCAAAUUUAUUAAAACAACAUGUUAUUCUUAUAUGGACAAAUUCCACUACAUUUGUAGAUCCUGUCAAUGAAAUCGUUUUACUUUCAAAAAAAUUAAAAAUAAAACAAAAUAUUGUAUUAAUAUCGGCAAUGGAUUUACUUAAUAAAAAGUAUACUGAUGAAACAUCAAAUAUUAAUUCUCUUCUAUUAAAAUCUAUUCAAAAACAAAAUUGGUUAAUUAUUAAAGAUUUACAUUUAUCAGAGGAUUUUUCAACACUUUUCUUUCAAAAUCUAUACAAUAUGUUUCUAUUAUCCUGUUCUCAUUUGAAAUUACAUGAGAAUGAAAUUAAUGAUUUAGAAUUAGAUCAAUUUGAUCAGUUAUUAUUCAAAACGCAUAUGAAAUUUAAAUUAUGGUUAAUUUGUGAUCAACAAUAUCAAGAUAAAAUUCCAAGUUGGUUAAAACAAACAUGUUUGAAUGUAACAUUAGAAUGUCCAUCACAGUCUACAUUACAAUUAAGACUCCAACAAAGUAUUUUGCAGUAUGAACAAUUUAACUCGGAGGAUAAAAUUAAUCAUUUAACAUCGAUACAUUGUAAUAUUAUUGGAAAAAAUUUGAUAUCGAAUACGCGCAAUUUUCAUGAAAAUGAUUUUCUCUACGAUGUUAAACAUUGGUGUUCAUUAAAAUCAAACGAACAAAAUUUAAAAUCAAUUCUAUAUUUCCUCUAUUCACGAUAUAUUCAGAAUGAUUGCGAUCAAUGUUUGUUACAACGAUUUGUAAACGAUUUAUUUUUGACACAUGCUAAAACAACGAGUGAAACUCUUCUAAUCGAUCGAAUAAACGAGCCAAAACCGUAUAGAACAUUAAAAUUUGAUGAUUAUGAUGAUGAUGAAGAUGAAAUUCGUCGUCAAUUACCUUUUGCUUUCUACACAAAUGAUGACAUGUUACUUGUUGAAUCGGUUAUUCGUAGUUAUUUAACAUUGUUACGAUCAAAUACUUAUAUUUCUAAUUCAUUCAUUCAACAUUCACAACAAGAAUCAACUUCAAUCACUUUAUCACAUUGUUUUCGAACUGAAUUUAGUCUAUUAAAUUCUAUUGAAACUAAUUUAUGUAUUGAUAUGGAAUAUUUAUUAGAUAUACUGGCGGGUGAUAUAACAUCAAACAAUUAUGAACAUGAACUAUUUCAUAAAAUACUAUAUAAUCGACCAUUUGAAAAGACUCGUUCAACAAUAUCGGACUUUGUUCUAAAUUAUAGUCAAUCAUUAAACUAUUUAACAUCAACAACAAAUUCAACACUCGAUCUAAGGUAUCUACAUCGUGUACAAACAAUUUUGAAUGCUGUUAUACUUGAACUAAAAACAACUCAUUUAAUUAAUGAUACAAUGAUAGUCACUAACUUUUUAAACGAACAUUAUUAUGAACAAACAUCGAAUAAGAAUAAGAAUCAGCAGACCUUACAUAUGAUUCGUGUUAAAGGUGUUUGUUUUACAACGGAUAAUUUGAACACUUCUGAUAAUCAAAUACUGAUAAUUGAGCCAAUAAAAAUAAGUAAAAUGAAUUUAACAACGCAUUGUACAAAAUCAUUGCUUAUAUUACCAUCAUUUAAUUCUUCCAAUCAAAUUCCCUAUCUGUGCUUACCAUUAAUAUUAAAAAACAGUGAUACAACGAACAAUGAUACAAAAUCGGAUUCAUUAAAUAAUAAAUUGUGCCUUGUUACUAUUGCUUCUCCACAUAUUUAG